AUGGACGCCGCGGACGAGCGUGAGAACGACUAUCUGCGCUUCCUGCGCGGCAUGCGUCCAGAGGAUGAUGAUAUUCAAGCCAGUCUUCCAGACCUAUCAACACCGCAGCCGUCCGAGCUGGACUUCCGCACGUCCUUUGUCGAGUCGGAUGGACUCACGGAGAUUGACCAUGAUGGGGCUGAAUUUGCCAGGAUGUUGUUGGCCCAGGCAGAACAAGAGCAAAAGGAUUCGGAGGCAGAAGAGGCUGUUGCGUCUACGACGAGUUCGGUGGACGAGACUGUUGCUGUAGUUAGCAAAGUGCUGCAGCUUUCACCUGUGCAAUUGGAAGUCGACGACGGUCGGAGCAGCCAACUGAUUGAGGCAACAGGUCUAUCAGCUGAGGCAGUGAUUCCUGUCACCUCGAAAAAUCGAUGCCGAUAUUACAACAAAGAGCGUACGAGAUGUAUACGUGCAGCAACAGGCCUGGAUGGGCGCUGUGCAACGCAUAAGUUUAGUCAGUUCUGUAAACAUCCUAAGUGUAGCAAGUACAGCCAGGGGGUUGGCUAUUGUAUCAAGCACGGUGGUGGCAAAAAGUGCAAAAGAGAGGGUUGUGACAAACAGGUUCAGGGGUAUGGCUUUUGCUCUGGGCAUGGUGGAAAACCUCUGUGUUCUGUUGAAGGUUGCGAGAAAAAAAGGAUGGAAGGAGGGUAUUGUAAAGCGCACGGCGGCGGUAGGUUCUGUCAGCACGAGGGCUGCUCAAGACGAGAUAUUGGUGGUGGUCGUUGUAUCUCGCACGGUGGCGGGAAGAAAUGUCAGUCAAAAGACUGCACAAAAGUUGACCGCGGUGGCGGCUUUUGCAAGGCGCACGGCGGUGGUAAAAAGUGCGAGGCGGAUAACUGCAAGAAUUGGGCACUGGGUGGAGGCAUUUGUUUGGAACACAAGGGUCCAGGCAAGCGUUGCAAAACGGCAGGAUGUACAAAGUACGACCUUGGUGGGGGUCAUUGCAUCGCGCACGGUGGGGGACGCAAGUGUAUCGUGGAAGGCUGCAACAAGAUUCGCCAGGUAAACAAGCGCUGCCGUGGUCACGGUGGUAAGGUCAUGUGCAGCGUAGUAAAUUGUGACCGCGCAGCGCAGAAUCGCAAACUCUGCAAAGCUCACGGAGGUAGUAAGCUGUGUCAACACGAGGGAUGCACAAACAAGCAGAAAGGCAAAGGAUUUUGCAUUCGUCAUGGUGGUGGUACAAAGUGCAGAGAGCAUAGCUGCAGCGCAGUAGACCGUGGUGGUGGCUGUUGCAAAGGCCACGGCGGGGGCAAAAAGUGCUCCUAUGCGCACUGCAACGAAUGGGUCAUUGGUGGUGGCUACUGCGACGACCACUUGGAUUUGGAGCUUUCUCAUCCACCGGAUGAGGUUUCACGCAUCUCGUCGAGCUCCUAUGUGCUAAGCGAGUCGGUCGCGACAAUCUAA